AUGGAAGUCAUUGAACUGAGCGACGACGAGCCGGAGCUUAUGCCGGCAACGACGUCGCAAAGGCCACCGCAAAGGCCCCCGCAACAGCCGCAACGCUCGCCUCUGAUGCCGAGCCAAGGGGUUUCGGCCUGUGCCAACGUCUUUGCCGGCGGGCCCAUCGACUUGGUCUCGUAUGGAAUCGUAGCGCCUGUUAGUAAUGAAGUAAGCAAGAUUUUGAAAUUUUUUUCAAAAAAAUAUUUUAUAGUAAAAAGUUCCCCUCCCAAAAGGACAGGCUAAGCAUUAAGAGUAAAAAAAUUAUAAAAAAAUUUUUUUACCCUAACCAGCAAGUUGACGUGAGCUCUGAGCUGGAUCGCCUGAAGGCACGCCCGAAUUUUUCUCUGCUGCGAAUUUUUCUCUAUGCAAUUUCGUCGUUUUCUCGCAAUCAGAGAGUGAAGAAAUAGUACGCGGCAGAGAAAAAUACGGACGCGCCUCGAGGCGCUCCAGAUCAUAGAGGUGUUUGCGGAAAUUGUGCGUGAAAGGUAGGAAAAACUUCAUUUUCGAAAACUUCGGCGUGUCUUUUGGUUUUUCUGUUUUUUUGUGGUUUUAAAAGUAAAAUUAUUUUUUUUCAUGAUAUUUAAAGACGUAGAAUAUUUUAUGAUUUCAUAUAGUUUAUGAAAAGAGUUAUCUGUUUUUAAAUGAAUUUUCCUUUGCUUCUUUCAACCCAAUGUUAUCUCAGGCACUGGUGCGCGCACGCGUGGGGGUACUAAUUCUUUUUUCGCCUUUUCCAAUGAAAUACGGUUUUGAAAUAUAAUUUUCAUAUUUUUGUAACACUACCUAGUGCCCCUGCUCACGUUUUAAAGUUGUUCCGAGCACUUUCGAACACAUUUAUGAAAAAAAAUUGUCAAGGGAAACUUUGUUAUUUCAAAUUUUUGGGCGUUCUAAUUGUUAUAAACUGGUGCAGAGCAAUGAUAGGAGAUGAACAUACAUGAAAAAAAUAUUAAAUUUAUAACUUUUUAGUUAGUUAAAAAGCCAAAAAAAUAAAAAGACACCCCCGCGCGUGCGCGCAGCAGGCGCCGCGCACGCGCACUUUUGGCCUGAGUAUGAUAUUUCGAGAAACAAAAAAAUUUAACCUCAAAAUUUUCAAGUUUUUUUCCAGUUGAGAAAUAUUAAUAAACAAAUAUGUGAAAUAUAUGUUAAAAAAAUAAAGUAAAAAAAUUUGAAUUCCAUAGAAAAUGUGAAUAAAAUUUUCAUUCUUUUCGAAAGUUCCAUGUUUUCUUCGAGUUUUAUAGUUCUUUAGGUUUUUUAGAAGUUUCUUUAAAACUGAUAACGAGAUCUUCCAUGUUCUAUGUAUUAUUUUUUUCAGGUGAAGCGGAAAAAUGAAUACAAUCCUCUUUUCGAGCCGCCGAGGAAAAUUCCAAGUGUUGGACGGAACGGUUUUGGGAUGGGAAUUCCUAUGACGAGGUGUAAUUGUUUUCGAAAUGAAACAAACUUGAACACCCAAUUUUCAGAGGAGGUUUCCAGAAAAAGUACUCACAGCAGACGUGGCACGCGAAUCGGAUAAAAAGUGGGACGAAUAUCGAUUUUAUGAUACAGGUUUUGAAAGGAAAAAAUUUGAAAAUUGAAAAAUAUUAUUCAGACAGCGCCAUUAUCCACAAUUUCGAAGCCUCACUACCCGGUCAGGACCUAUACGAGGACGACAGUCUUGACCAAACCCAUGCCGAUCGUCAAAAGGCCUCCAAUGACCCUUGCCCCAACUUUGGCCUCAGUUUUCCCCAUCAGAAAGCCGCCACCGAUCCCGCCUCCCACGCCGUUAGUUUUGUGCAGAAAAAUAGAAGAUUAUAGUCUGUUUAAAUUUUGAAUGUCAAGCUGCUAACUCCGCCUCCCUGGAUACAUUUUCUUUCGCGUUAAUUUUUUAUCGCGCGUGACGAUGAUCCUUUAAUAGCGCUACACUUUUUGACUUCUUUUUAUAGCCAUCAGAUCAGAAAAUAUCAAAAGUUGUAGCACUAUUGAAGGAUCGUCGAACAUCGACGCGAAAGUUACUGUAGCCAUAGAGUUAACUGCUUGACAUUCAAAUUAUGAAAAGACUAUAGUUAUUCUAUGCGCUUCUGAUUACGUCUUCGUAUUCAUGACAUAUGCAAUCCUUGAAACUGAGGAAUUUUGAAAUGAAUAAAUAAAUUUCCUCCAGUCCAACGAGAGGUCGAGGCGGCGGCCGUCGUGGUAGGCCAAGGAGGAGGGCGGUUUCGAGUAGCGAGGACUCGACCGAUGAAGAGGAUGAGCCGGUUCAGAAUAUUAUUUUAAUUAGAAAAUGUAAUGUUUUUUUUUCCAGGAAAUCAUGAUCGUUGGCAACAACGAGUACAUGAUCGAGGCGAGCGGCGAGAUCGCCUACAGAAUCGAUUCGUUUUAUGACGAUAGGCGGAAGUUCAAAGGAGCCUAUACGGUUUGUUUUGAAGCAAGAAACUGACAAGGAAGGUCAUUUCACUUUGUCGUUGGGAAUUCCCGGGAAAUUGGCCACAACACUCUUCAUUGUACCAAAAUGAGGUUCUAAGACUCUCAGUCUUCAUAACUUCCUAAUUUUUCGAGAAGUAAGGGUUUCGCUUUUUCGGAAUUUCUUUAUUUUAUUUUUUUAGAGUAUUUUUCUAGAAUUUUUUUCAAUGUUAAGAAAACAAAAAAAGUAAUUUUUCAGAAGUUUUUUUGAAAAUCUUUAUCGUUUCCCGUUUUUUCUAUUUAAUCAAUGUUACGAACAUUUUUUUCGCUUUUUUUGACCACUUUUAAGUUUUUUUCUCGAUCUCGUUUCUUUUUUUUAAAAAUUAGUCUCGGGGUUUUUAUCGUCUCGGUCUCAAAAAACUACUUCUCGUGCAACCCUGGCUCGAAGCUCCCAAGUUACCCAUUUUAACGGAUUUUGAUGUGUUCUUUCUUUAGCACUAGAGAUAUCUACAGGUUGAGACUUUCAAGAACUUCUUCUGUCACAUCAAGAAGCUUUGUGGCCAUUUUUCAAAAAAUUUCGCAAAGUAAAAUGACUUCCCUUGGGAGAGAAGGAGUAGACAGUUCCAAAAAAACAGAACUUCAUAUAUGUUUGGAGAAAAAAAUUUUUGAGAAUAAGUAGUUUUAUCCUUUAAAAAAGUUACUUUUUAUUUAGGUGGAUAUAUAAGAAAGACCUUUUUUCUAAAAAAAAAAAUUGGUUGGUGAGUUUGAUUUCAUUUAUUUUCUCGAUGUUCUUUUUUCAAAAAAUGCAUUUGUUUCUCGUAUUGCUUUUUGAAUGUCAACAGCUUCAAAUAACUUGAAAUUGUGUUUUGAAACCUUAUCGGGAAUCAUUCCCGCUUUUCUGUACGUUUAAGUUCGUAUUCAGCCUAAGAUCAGCCUUGCUUGCGUUUUUCUUGACAAGGAAGAUUUUUCAAUAUUUUUCCCGUAAAAAAAGAAAGUAGUAGAAGUUUUUUUAGAUCGAAGUCCUAUUUUUUUACGAGUAUUUUUUCUUCACUUCUUUCGCUACUUUCUUUCUUGAAAAUCGCUUCCGACGCAUUGAAAGAAAAAAACAUUUGAAACUUUUUUUCAAAAAGAAAUAACUUUUAUCAAGUCGUAAAAAAAUCAACCUUUCUCGACACUUGAAAAAAAUGGUUGAGAAAAAAAUUUGUCAAGAAGAAUGACAUGAUUUUCAUUCGCAUUGCAGUGCACAUUCAACCCUAAAUACUGCAAUCGGGGCUUCAAAAACGCCUUCGAAUUCAUCAAUCAUCUGGUUUCUCACGUCACGAGUCCGGCAGUUGGAGAAGACGAUAAACUUAAGAAAAAUCAAGAAAUGUUGGUUUUUUUUAAAUUUGAAUUUUCUGGGAAAUUUACUCCAUUCAUAAUUCUUUUUUUUUCCAGGGUUCGAGGAAUUGUCGACGAAUUUGACAAUUACAAAAAGUGCAAGCAGUGCUUGACAAUGUUCGCGACCCCGUAUCUUUUCCAGGUUGUCGAAAAAUGAGAAAAAAAUUAUGAAAUCAACGUUUUUACAGGUUCAUUACUUAAAGUGUCAUUCGAAACCGGAAUCAUCGACGAAUACGGCUUGUCACAUUUGUGAAUACGAUGUGAGUCUGAAAAAAAUUUUUAAAGGCGCAUAGUUUAAUGAGGAAGAUGGUCUCGAAGAUCAGGGGAUGUAUUUCGCCGACGGAAAUUUGAAAAAAAUUUAAAAAUCAUUCAGGAAAUGUUGUUAGAGUUUCGAAGAGAGAAGGAGAAUUUAAUGAAAGUUUCGGCGCGAAAAAAAAGGGUUCGUAUGUUUAAAGGACUAUAAGCGAAAAUUCAAAAAGUUUCGAAGCGGAGAGCUAUUUUCAGUGGUGUUUGAGAUUUCGUACACUUUUUGCUUUUUUUUUAAAUUAGGAACUAUUUUUGAAGGAAUUCGAGGACUAAAUUUUUUUUUCUCCAGUGGAAAAUCUGCAGUUUUUUCAAGAGGAAUAGCCGUCAGACAGUGAAAAAGAUAACUACAUUUUGCACAGUCCGAAAAUUCGAAUCUCGCGAUAUAGUUUUUCUUUCAUUUGAAAACGUGAAUCAUUCUACAGUUCUCGGACGAGUUGAAGAAGAACCAGCAUCUUUCCAAGCACAAGUACAAGGAGGCCCCGUAUUGGUGCCAGAGAUGCUCUUAUAGAACUUCGAUCCGAACUCAUCUACUUGAUCAUUACAUCCGUGACCACAUGGAUGAUGGGUAAACAAUCAAUUUUCCCUUCGAAAACAUGUGCAAUUUCGAAUUUAGGUCCCUUAUGUGUCCAUACUGUACGCACGUCGUCGAAAUGCCGGCAAAUUGCCGAAAAAAAGACGCGAUCAAAGUUCCGGACUUUGUCGAGCACAUGAAGAAGCAUCGAGGUGGGGAGACGAGUUGUUCUGGAAAAUUCCGUAACCUUCGGGAUCUUAUUAGGGUCGUUUCGAGGAAGCACUCUAGGGGCCACCUUACUGUCCUUUGGAGGCACUAAACAUGACAAAAGUGGUCACUUUGGGGGAACACGUUUGAGACCUCUAUACGUUUGAUACAUUUCCAUACGUUAUAGAUACAACUUCGUGAUAAAAGUGUUCGAAUUCAUCGAAUCGAAAUGAUAUUUUCAGGCGUUUCGUUCCCUUGUGACCGCUGUGCGUUGCGGUUCAUCAGCAAGAGUGCUUGCGAAGAACACAAAGAGAAGCAUCACGUGCCGAUUCCGUCCAAAUGGACCUCUACUGUCAGGGUAGGGAACGACUCGAUAGUAAAAGUCGUGAAAAAAGGCCCCUCAUUCUCAGUUCGCAUCAACUCCAUUUAUAAACAUAGUCGAGGCUAUAGAAAUUUUGAAGAAACAAAAUUCUUAACUUUACGGCCUAAAAACUGAUAUCGGUAUACAAAUGUAACAAAAACAAUGUUAAUCUGGGAAAUUUGGGAAAUCUUGAACGAGAUUUUGAAGUAGAAAUGACGAAAUCAACUGUUCACUGUUUCCAGGUGAACCUUCCCUGUUAGGGUGCUGCGGAUAGAAAAGUUUCAAAAAAGCCGUUCAAAACUUAAAGGACGGUUCUGUUCUUUCCAGUGAACUUUUAAGAGGCGCUAACGUCACGUUUAAGAGGCGCUAACGUCGAGUGGUCACUGAAUUAUUGAGAAGAUUAGGAAAGAAGAAUUGAGCACCUGUUAAGUGAAGUUAUUUUCAAGUUUUUUCAUAGUGUCAUCCUCAUUUACCUUCUCAAUUACCUUUUCGCUGCCCUUUCGAAUUGAAACUUGCAAAAAAAAAGGAAUUGGAAGGAGCAGAAAAUUUGAUAAAAUCGAAAUUUUAUCCUUUUCGCUCAAAAAAUUAACCUCAUUAAGAAUUAUAUUUCUUCAUUUUCUGCUCUUAUUUUUUAUGUGUUUCAGCCGGUCAAGAACUGGAAGAAAAAGUUUAGCGAGCCGAAGAAGGUCGACCUCAAGAAGUCUCGGAACGAGUGCAUCAAGACGCUUGUUGGUGCGUUUUGAAGCUGGCUUUUUGAGUUUAACAUGCCAUAAAUAGCUCAAUUAAUGGGAUUGAUAAAGAAAGCCUAAAUUUGAGAUCAUCACUUGUUCCAGUUGAAAAGACUCAAAAUAAACGACUAUGCGGUUAUUCCAAAACUCCUUCAGUUGAAUCAAUCUACUGCCCAGUUUUUGGAUUGAAGACAUAAUCAUUUUGUUGCAGAUCGAAGGAGGAAAAAAGCGCCGCUCAAUACGGAUCGGGGCGGUUUCCGGCCUACCGAAAUCGGCAAAGAUGCGAAAAUCGAAUGUCCCUGCGGAUUCAAGACUUCUAGCGCCAUGCGGAUCGCGUCCCACUUGAGACUGUGCAAGGUAAACGGGAAAAUCAGCAAGAAUAGUUUGAUAAAUCUCUCCGCGGGAACCGUUAACAUUUAUAAGUAUUUUGUAACUUUAUUCUCUUCAAUUAAUAAAGAGGCCGUUCCACUUCGAUUUUAGAAAGGAAGAUGGUUUCAUUUAACUGUUCUUCUUUUUUUUUCACGAGUUUUAAUGAAAUUUGGAAAUUUCGGUGUACCGUCUUGAAAGACCUGUUCUUUCUUAUAUGGAAAUACGAAGAAACAGGAUAAUGAUGUAGAAGAAACCGUGAAAAACAAGAAAAGUCGGAUAAUUCUCCCGAUGUGAAAAUAAUCGGCAAAGUCGCCAUUGAGAAAGUCGUUCAUCUUUUAUUGAUAUCACCGGAUUUACUCUUUGUAUCUCUUCUCACCUCUUAAAUUAUUGGGUACCUUGGCUUUCUGGCAAAAUAUUCAUUGGACAUUUUAAAAAAUCAAAUUUAUUCCAACAAUAAUCAUAUGAAUGUAUAGACUUGAAGCGAACAAUUGAAGUACGUUUUUAAAAAAAAUAGAGUGACUGCAAAAUCGAGAAAAAGGCCCGAAUCUUUGCAAAAAGAAAAAAAGAAGCUGAAUCUAUCAAUUUUCAUCUCUUGAAUUUUAUUCAUUAACGAUAACAACUUAACAAACAAAAAUAAAUAAAUAAGACUCUAACUCCGAGAAAAAGUUUGUGAUUGAGCUAGUCAUUUUUUAGUGAGAUUAUUUUUCAAUUUCAUCAAUGAGAAAACAUUUUCCAGGUCUCGAAGCGAAAUCGAGCUGCUUUACGCUUUUCUCCGGGUGCUGGUGAACCGAAACCCGAUUUUGGGGAUCCUCUUUUGGUUUGUUUCAUUUUUAUUAAAGAAAAAUGAAGGAAAAUGAUUCCAGAACAACAAUUCGGUGGCUCGAGGCCAUCAAAUCAACGAUUUGCCCGACGACGAAGAAUUGGAAGAGGCUCGGAAAUUUGGCGCCCUCCAUCAUUUGGCCCAUUCUGAGGUUUUUCUUCAUGAUCUUGUCCAAAAUGACCUUUUUUCAUUUUCAGGUGCUGAAAAAGGAGAAGAAAGACGCCAAGAAGGCUAAGAGUGACGCGAUCGCGGCGGCGAAACGGAAAGAGACCCUCGAGUGGUCACUUGAUGCCAGGAAGAUGUAUCUGUGAGUUUUGUGAGGAGACAUCACUUUGCAAACGAUGCUCAAAAUCCUGCUGAAUGCACAAAAAUGAAGAAAGUAUAGCAUUAUUUGAAGCUCUGGAAGCUUCAGAACUCCAAAAAAUUGAGUAAUAAAAAAAGGAAGUUCAAUCGAGACUCAAAAAAAGUUCCGUCGUUAAAAAAGUUUUUGAAUAAAGCUAGAAUUCGUUUCAAUUUAUCGAUCUUUUUUCAAUAUUUCUCUAUUUCAGCCGCCUUUGCAACAGGCCUUUCACCGAUGAGAUGGUCGCCCUUCGGAAUAAAAUCAUGGAACGCUUUUGA